AUGAGCAAUCAGGCACGAGCUUCACGGCAUGCCUCAGGCAUACUACCUUCUAAACAGUUUUUUGCACCAAGAAAGCCGAUAACGCAAAAUGCAUCACGGAGAAAGUCAACCACCCUUUCCGUCAUAGUUAAUUCUCCAAGCACACCAUCGCUACCUAUAUUUCAAACUUCAACAUCGGCAACAACAACACCUACUAAAGCUCCUUUCUCUGCAUUAAACUCUCCAAUUUUAAACAUCCAACCGGAGGAAGAAGUCUCUCUUUUACAACAACCUUUAAAUGCUCUUUCUACGGUUGUAACAACUCUUCCUUCUGAUCCAACAAAUCCGUCCCUUGAACAGCCACUCAAUACUAUAUAUAAUUCUAGUGAAUCGCAGGGCCUUUCGGUUCGUACUUCACCUAUUCGACCUCCGAGCGCUCUUCGACAUCAGCAAAAUCAAGAUGAAAAUGAGGAUUUCUCACAUUCUACUAUUAAUUCGGUUCUAGAACCAAUAUCGCCUGCUGUAGUUUUAGAGCCCUCUUCAUAUAGACAGAUUCGACAUGGAACUGGUUCUAACCUUUUAUCCAGGGAUUUUGUUACUUCUUUUUCGAGGCAUUCUGAUAGUGAUUCAUCAGGAACAUUAUCCACCCAAUUACAAAUGAUUCCGCAAAAGAAACUUUCACAAACAAAACCCCCUAUUAAUGAUUCACCUUACGCAUCUAUUGCCAAAUCCAUGCCUCGAAUUGUUUAUAAUCCUGCUCCAAUAUCACACGCAGAUAGCAGAAGGCGUAAACGGCUUUAUCAAGUUUGGCCCGGAAGAAAUCGUUUUUUCCUUGGUGGAAGAAUAAUGACUAGCAGAGACUUUACUGCUUUUUUGAUUGCUUUUUCUGCACUUAUUGUACCAUCUGGCCUCUUUUUGGCAUUUACGUUGAUUAUUCCACGUAAUCUUGAUCCUUCUCCUCCAACAGAAGAUCUAGACGAUCCAGAGAAUGGUGCUCAAAAUAAUCCAAAUAGUCCUUUUUAUCCAAUGCGAAGUGUACCUCUUCCAAAAGAAGUUAAUAUUAAUGGUCAAACUGUUAGAUUAAAAUAUUGUGAGACCUGUAGGAUAUAUCGACCUCCAAGAUGUAGUCAUUGUAGACACUCUGUUAGCAGGAGAGCUUAUGUUGUGGAGGAAGAAGUUUUGAAUGUUGAGCAAGCAGAGAGUGUUUUAAAUGGUCAACGAGAGUCACAGCAAACAAAAAUUAACAUUACAGAACCGAAUGCAGAACAGAACCCGGAGCAGAACCCAGAUAAAAAUACAGAACUAAACAUAAAACAGAAUCCGGAACUAAACACAGAACAGGAUCCAGAAUUGAACAAAACACGGAACUGA